AUGAAGAACAUACCUAAAAUUUUUACAUUCUCCCUGAAAAAUGAAAUCAAUACAGAAGAUGCAAGUUUGUUUCAGGGGAAAAUCGAACUCAGCGAGACUAGAAAAAGACGAGUGCAAAAUGAACGACUCCUGAAACUAAUGACUAAACCAGUGUUAAAGAAAAUUGUCACUGUUCAAGACGCUUGUUGUGGUUCUCAAGUUUCUUUUGCGACCUCAGAACAACUCUGGGUAAGUGGUAGUAGCACGAAUCUUUACCUGAUCGACUCAGACGGUAAAAGUUUACACCACCGGACAGAUAAACAAAAUCUUUGCCCUGGUUCCCACACAGUGAGCCUUGCUGGAGAACUCAUUUACAUAGACUUAGAUUAUAAUAUCUGUAAACUAUGUAAGGACAACAAAACAAAAAUUACACUGAUGAAUAAAUCUGAACCAUGGAAACCACAGGAAAUUUAUUGUUCUCAAUUCUCUGGAGACCUGCUUGUUUUGAUGAAAAAAUAUAGCCCGUCAUAUCCAAUUAAUAAUGUAGACGCAAAAGUUGUUAUAUUCAAUGGAUUAGAAGAAAAACAAACCUUCCAGUUUGAUGACAAGGGACAUAAACUUUAUAUUGACCCAGAGUGUAUCACAGAGAACCGAAACGGAGAUGUUAUUGUUUUUGACCUGAUUCACGAUUGCAUUCUUGGACCAUCAUGUCUAGUUGUGACAGAUCGGAAUGGAAGUCAUCGCUUCACUUACUAUGGAUCAGAAUAUGACCCCCAACUGAAACUGGAACCAUGUGGGAUUUGUACAGAUGCACUAUCAAACAUCCUUAUAGCUAACCAAAGCUCAAGCACAGUGCAUAUGAUUGACAAGGAUGGCAAAUUCCUUUCCUUGCUACUGACAAAGGAACACGGUAUUAGUGGUCCAUGGGGUAUCAGUUACGAGGAAAGAUCCCACCUUCUUUGGGUUGGAUCUAUUAAAGACAACAGGUUGUGUGUGUACAGAUAUAUUGAAAGACAGAACCAUCUUGUUUAA